GAUGCUGUAAUCUGGGGUCAGUUUUCGAUCUUUGAUUGCCCCCGUCGGUCUCCAUUACUGCUUCUCUUAUCAUUUACCAAAUUCACAUCCCCAGAAAAACAAAAAUCCUUCCUUUUUCUCUGCGUGGCUUGCGUGUUACUUAAUCACUCACGAGGGUGGAGAAAAGGAAAGUGCUUUGGCUUCGGACGAAUCUCACUUUGCCAAAUUCCACUCCCUGUCUCUAGGGUUACUCUCUGUUGCGAUUUCUUCCCCGUCUUUGUAUUGCCCAUUCGCUCCUCUGCAAGAACUUUCAGGUCAGAUUUCAAGUUGCGGAGGAAGAAGUUUAUAUAUAUAUAAAUGGCAACACUUCUGGAUAUCGGAGUCUCAGCAGGGAUAAACAUCCUCACCGCCUUCAUAUUCUUCGUAGUAUUCGCGAUUCUGAGGCUUCAGCCCUUCAACGACAGAGUUUACUUCUCGAAAUGGUACCUGAAACGGCUAAGGAGCAGCCCUACCCAUGGCGGCGCCUUUGUGAGCCGUUUCGUGAACUUGGACUUGAGAUCAUACUUGAGGUUCUUGAACUGGAUGCCUGAGGCUCUCAAGAUGCCUGAGCCUGAGCUCAUCGAUCAUGCUGGCUUGGAUUCCGUCGUCUAUCUCCGGAUUUACUGGCUCGGGCUUAAGAUUUUUGCUCCAAUAGCUUUGGUCGCAUGGGCGAUUCUUGUACCAGUCAACUGGACGAACAACACGUUACAACUGGCGAAAGAGUUGAAAAAUGUGACCUCGAGCGACAUUGACAAACUAUCAAUCUCAAAUAUUGCAGAGGGUUCAGAUAGGUUUUGGACUCAUAUUGUAAUGGCUUAUGCCUUCACCUUCUGGACUUGUUACAUGUUGAUGAAGGAAUACGAGACAAUUGCUAACAUGAGGCUCCAGUUUCUUGCAUCAGAAGGCCGUCGGCCCGACCAGUUCACCGUGCUUGUUAGGAAUGUACCACCCGACCCCGAUGAAUCUAUAACUGAGCUGGUGGAGCAUUUUUUCCUGGUCAAUCAUCCGGAUCAUUACUUGACACAUCAGGUCGUAUGCAAUGCAAACAAGCUGGCAGAUCUGGUUAAAAAGAAGAAGAAGCUGCAGAAUUGGCUUGAUUACUACCAGCUCAGAUACUCUAGGAACAACACAAAGAGACCUUUGGUGAAGCUCGGCUUCCUCGGGCUGUGGGGGCAACAAGUAGAUGCCAUCGAACAUUACGCUGCUGAAAUCGAGAAGACGUCAAAAGAAAUUGCUGAAGAAAGAGAGACGGUGGUGAAUGACCCCAAGUCCAUAAUGCCGGCAGCUUUUGUCUCCUUCAAGACCCGAUGGGCAGCAGCCGUUUGUGCUCAGACCCAACAGACCAGAAACCCGACUGAAUGGUUAACCGAGUGGGCUCCCGAGCCACGUGAUGUGUUCUGGCCGAAUCUUGCAAUGCCUUACGUUUCUCUGACUAUAAGGAGGUUGAUCAUGCAUGUUGCCUUCUUCUUCCUCACCUUUUUCUUCAUGAUUCCCAUCACUUUCGUACAAUCUCUUGCUACCAUCGAGGGUAUCGAAAAGGUGGCCCCUUUCUUGAAGGUUAUUAUCGAGAAGAAAUUUAUAAAAUCAGUGAUACAAGGGUUUUUACCUGGUAUAGUGCUGAAGCUUUUCCUCAUAUUUCUGCCGACGAUACUGAUGAUCAUGUCCAAGUUUGAAGGCUUUACAGCUAUAUCGAUCUUGGAGAGACGGUCCGCGUCUAGAUACUACAUCUUCAACUUGGUGAACGUCUUUCUUGGAAGUGUCAUAGCCGGAGCUGCGUUCGAGCAGCUCAAUUCUUUCAUCCAUCAAUCCGCUAGCGAAAUUCCCCAGACCAUUGGAGUGGCCAUACCGAUGAAAGCAACGUUCUUCAUCACGUACAUAAUGGUGGAUGGGUGGGCAGGAAUUGCCGGAGAGAUACUUAUGCUGAAACCUCUCAUAAUAUUCCACCUCAAAAACACGUUCUUGGUGAAGACGGAAAAGGACAGAGAGGAAGCCAUGGAUCCUGGAAGCAUCGGCUUUAACACGGGCGAGCCUCGUAUUCAGCUCUACUUCCUUCUCGGUCUCGUCUAUGCAUCUGUUACACCCAUGCUUCUUCCUUUCAUCUUGAUCUUUUUCGGCCUGGCUUAUGUUGUCUACCGCCAUCAGAUCAUAAACGUGUAUAACCAAGAGUACGAGAGCGGUGCAGCGUUCUGGCCCGAUGUCCAUGGACGCAUCAUCGCUGCAUUGAUCAUCUCUCAGUUGCUUCUAUUGGGCUUGUUAGGGACGAAACAUGCAGCCAUGUCGGCGCCUUUUCUCAUCGCUCUGCCCGUUCUUACCCUUGGGUUCCACCGCUUCUGCAAAGGCCGUUUCGAGCCUGCCUUUGUCAAAUACCCCUUACAGGAGGCGAUGAUGAAAGAUACGUUGGAACGGGCACGAGAGCCGAAUCUGAACCUGAAAGGUUACCUUCAGAACGCAUACAUCCAUCCGGUGUUCAAAGGCGAUGAAGACGACGAUGAUAUUGACGACAUGUUCGGGAAAUUGGAGGACGAGGCAGUCACUGUGCCGACCAAACGCCAAUCGCGGAGGAACACUCCGGCCCCGAGCAGAAUCAGCGGCGAGGACUCACCGUCUCUGCUCGGAAUCAGUAAAGAGCUAUAGGCAGAAAGUUUCAAGAAUGUGACAUAUUUAUACACGUAUGAAUAUGUACAUAUUAUGCUAUUUGUAUUGUACAAAUAGAGUAAGAGGAUACGGGAUACGGUUUCAGUGUGUCUGAAUUCCAAAUUUCUGUGGUCUUUCUGAAAGAACAUCCUUUUACACUGGUGUAAUCUUAAACCU